AUGGAAGCUUGUCACUCUCCACAGCAAUCCAAUGUCACUACGUAUGGGGAUGCAACUUUGGCCAUCAUCAGCCUGGAGGCAUUUGCUGGCAUGUGGAUAAAUGCUUUCAUGGUCUGUGUGCUUUGCAUUGGCUGGGUCAACAAGAAAACCCUGAACUCUAAUGAGAAGAUCUUGCUGCUCCUGGGAUGCUCAAGGAUUUCCUUUUUAAGCUUCUCAUGGGGAUACAACUUCCUUUAUAUAAUUUAUCCCAAUUACCUUCAUGUUCACAUCAUACUUCAACUACUUGCAUCUUUUCAAACCUUUUUUAAUUAUUCCAACUUGUGUAUUUCAGCCUGUCUUUGUGUUUUUUAUUGCAUAAAAAUUGCCAAUUUCAGGAACAGCUUCUUCAUCUACCUGAAAGUAAAAAUUGACAGAAUGGUGCCAUGGCUCUUGUUGGGGUCGGGGAUUUUAGCUUUGGCUAUGGGCAUCAUUACUUAUGAGCUCACUGAAACUAUGCAGAGGAACAACCUCCAUGAAACUCUGCAGAGUAACAACCUCAAUUUCACGUGCCUCAGAAAUUUUUGGGAAGCAAGUAUCAAAAUGGAUAAACAUUUUUUCCCUUCAUUUUUUUUCAUUGGGCUUGGAUAUGCUGCUUCAUUCAUGGCGGUCAUCUUUGCUGCUGUUUCCCUUCUCUUUUCUCUCUGGAAACACAAAUGCAAGAUGCAGACAAACUCCAUGAAGGACCUCAGCAUGGAAGCCCACAUCAGAGCCAUGAAAACCGUUCUCUCUUUCUUAGUGAUGUACAGCAUCAACUUUGUAUGCUUGAUCAUGUCAAUAAUUUAUACCAUGAUGAAUGAAAAUACCAUGACACUUCUUAUAUCCAUAUAUGUGUAUGCUUUUCCAGGUGUUCAUUCCCUUAUUCUGAUUUUCAGCAAUCCCAAGCUGGAAAAGGCACUGCUAAAGAUUCUCUCCUGUGUGAAGUGUGGGUUUUUCAUGAAGUAG